CCACCUACCGGACAGGAAGCAAGCUGUUCAGUAGGCUCUACGCACUGCAGUGCUGGCUCCAAGCCUGGUGUAACAACAACAGUGUCAGCUACGUGAGCAACCAGAAUGUUUUCUGGGAGCAACUCAACCUGUAGUAGACAACGGACGACAGUAGAGUGACUCCCUGAGCCUCAACACAAGCAUCUCAAUGCCUACAAGUCCUGCCAUGUUGUACAAAUGGAAGUGAAAGUAAGCGAGUGGAGCUCUCACGCUAGAAGAUCCUGGGCUGGAUAAAUCCAGCCGGAGUUACUGGGCACCGCAGCGCUGAGUGAACACUGGACGCACAACAUCCUACAACUGUUCCAGAUCCGUUACAGAAACCGAAUCCCUGCUCGCUUCUGCUUCUCCGCGACUUCUCUCUGCGGCACAGACGAGCGUCUGGGAAAGAGCAAUGGUAGAGUGACUCCCUGAGCCUCAACACAAGCGUCUCAAUGCCUACAAGUCCUGCCAUGUUGUACAAAUGGAAGUGAAAGUAAGCGAGUGGAGCUCUCACGCUAGAAGAUCCUGGGCUGGAUAAAUCCAGCCGGAGUUACUGGGCACCGCAGCGCUGAGUGAACACUGGACGCACAACAUCCUACAACUGUUCCAGAUCCGUUACAGAAACCGAAUCCCUGCUCGCUUCUGCUUCUCCGCGACUUCUCUCUGCGGCACAGACGAGCGACUGGGAAAGAGCAAUGGAAAACGACACUAUAUACGGAUACGCAGACUAUUACUCAUACAUUCCCGUGGAUGAUGAAUCAAGUCCCCAGGAGGCUGUGAUCAAAUUUGACCCUAUUGUACUUUCCAUAUUCAUAUUCAUGUUCAUUGUGGUCCUCCUCAGUCUCAUUGGUAACAUCCUAGUUCUGGUGAUCCUUGGACUCUACGAGGACCUCAAAUCACUGACCAACUGCUUCAUGUUUAAUUUGGCUCUGUCUGACCUGAUCUUCACUCUUGGAAUUCCAUUUUGGGCCUGUUCCUACAUCUGGAGCUGGAUAUUUGGUGAUUUUAUGUGCAGAAGUGUAAACUUUGUCUUCUCUGUUGGAUUUCAUAGCAGCAUUGUGUUCCUGAUGCUGAUGUCCAUUCAGUGCUAUGUAGCAGUGGCCCAUCCUCUAUCUGACUGGACCAAGUGCCAUAGUUCUGCAGUGAUUCCCAUCAUUGCUUGGGUGUUGAGCUGUUCAGCAGCUUUGCCAGACACACUGUUCAGCGAAGCCAUCAAAGACCCAACAGAGCCUGACACACUUUACUGUGAACUUAACAGCGUUAAAGCGUCCGUUAGUGUCGCGUAUGAGCAGAACAUUUUUUUGGUUGUUGCCUUUUCAGUCAUGAGCUUCUGCUUCAAAGGAAUUCUUCUGACCAUCUUCAAGGCCCAAACAAAGAAAGACAGGACUGUAAGACUCGUCUUCUGCAUGGUGGUGGUGUCCUUUGUAAGCUGGGCUCCUUAUAACAUUGUGAUAUUUCUGCAGACUUUAAAUCAUCAUCAGAUCGAGUUUUUUACACAAUACAGUGUCUUUGCUCAGCUUAACUACGCAUUUCAUGUCUGCAGAUUACUCGCUUUUUCCCACUGCUGUGUUAAUCCAGUCAUUUACAUUUUUGCUAGUACAAAAAUAAGGAAUCAUUUGAAGGCACUUCUACAGAAGAUGUUCCAACGACAAACAAAUACAGAAUUCCAUCAGGCAGAAAUUUACUCUGACAGUUCACUGUGAAGCAUUAUAAGUGUCCCCUUGCAUGACAAAGAAACAAGGUAAAAACUGAGGAGGCACAAUAUCCCAAUAUCCCAAUGUUUUUAUAUUCCACACUAUGCAUGCCUUGAAUAUCUUCAUUUAUAAAAUUAUUCCUCGCCAGUUCACCAACAAGGUGGCCACAUCCAUUUCACUCAUGCAACUGUAUAAAAUUUCAAACUCCGCUCCAAGUAUAUUUUUUAUGAUGAUGUUUUUAAGGUGUACUGCUGUAUGUUCUAAAUGCAAUACUGAGCAAAUAUUGAGUACACUGUGUGAUUUAGCUUCACUUUCAUGUUAAUGGCUUGUUCUGUCACGUGUGAGUGAUCAUUAAAGAGUUGGCACAGCUA